CGCCCUAUCAAAGCAGACACCAGUAGACGAACGCAUUACUACUAUGCACCAUAGUAUUGCAGGCUGCUGAUAGUCGUUCACCAAGUACCCAUCGCAUUGUGAAGUCCUUCCCAGUGAAAAAAUCUACCACUUGGGCGCUACURUUAGAGAGCAAUUGACACCAUCGAAGAAAGUUUUCAAAAAUCGAACKAGUUGAAAUGCAKUUUUCGCAGGGCUCGGUACCCUUGAACUUGUGUCACCACCUCUAUGGUGCUCUAUUCAUACUGGGGACAUUUGGGGGGCUCGUCUUGUUUUGUUUGGUAGUAAUGGUAAUUUAUGAUAUUCCUGGAAUUGAACUGGUUCUGGGGCUAAGUUGUUUGAGUUUCUACGGACUUCUUCAAACGCUGGUGCUGCCGAUGUCCACGCUGAUAGAAAUCGAACACAUUUACCAUUCGUUUUCUGUGGAAAUCAAAUGCCACCCACCUGAACCCAGCGAUCUCGCCAUUGAUAAAAGGAUUCUGCGGGAGUCGAACAAAGAGGACGCGGCCCUAGCUUCAGUGUGCAACAAGUCUUUGUGUUCGAUAUGCCUCCAAGGCUUCGAGAUCGGCCAGGAGAUUUCGAUAGCUACGCCGUGCGGACACAAGUUUCAUUCAAGGUGUCUCAGGAUGUGGAUUCCGAAGAGUUCCACGUGCCCGUACUGCCGACAGGAUCUGGAGAAGCCGUGUCCAAAACCAAGGGAAGAAGAGGUGGAUACAGAAGAUAYCCGAUCUCGGGACSGUCGGGGAUUCUUUGGGGCUUUUCGGAUGUUUGAAGGGGUCUCUGACGCCAUCUACGAAUACACAUCGUAAUAUGAAAAGGAAUGGUGCGCGAGAGAUGAUGCCCUUGUUUCGGGUCCAMACCAAACUCGAAAAUCGCGAGUUUUUCCGAAGUGAACCAAUCGAUAGGAAAACGUAUUGUAGCGCACCGAGUGCUUGGAUUUCCACCGGAACGAAGGAUUCUCGACUCGAUACAAACCGUCGCUUAUCCUCGUAUCGAUAUGACCAACCGGGUAGAUGCACAAAWCGUUUAGAAACGAGGACAACCUAGAUUCAUAAAAAGCUGCUACUAAUAGAGUACUUCUAAUUWU